GGAAGGUUUUGGAAGGAAAAGAGCCCGAAACAACAAUUCCAGAGAACUCUAGACACUACCCCCGCGCUUAUUAAUCCUUCCCACUAUUUUCAUUCUUUCCACUCUUUCUUUCACAAAUUCCACACUCUCACCAAACCCUAAUUAUCACUCCUCCUCCGUUAAUCUCUCAAAUUCCAUGGCUGCACACUACAAUUUCCUCAAGAGAAAAGCCACCGGCACCGUCGAUCAAAUCAGCCACGAUUUCUCCGAUUUCUCUCUAUCUUCUCCAGCUACCAAAAUUCGUCGCCUCGAUGCUGAAUUGACUCCAAUUGUUGAAGAAGAAGAAGAAGAAAACGAACCGUUAACUGUUUCUAACGACGAGAGAGCUAUUGUACUCUUCAAACCAUCUCUUCACUCUUCUCCCUCUUUCUCUCUCACUCUCAAUUCCGAUCUCAUCUCUGGAAUUAAGAAUAAUCAAGUUUCAUGGUCAAAACAAUGUGAUGAUUAUUAUGAUAACCUAAUUGAACAAAACGACAACAAGGAUCGUCGUUUAGCUAUUGUGCCCUGGGUACCACAAUCUUCCUCCGGUUCUUCUUCCCAUACUUUUGAUGAUGAUGGUGAUGAUGAUAACAAUGAAAAUACUAUAGAGUUGAUGGAAGCUGAUGUAAUGGGAGAAGAAAAAGAAGAUGAAGAAGAUGAAGGAGCCAUGAUGGAUGUAGAAGAACAACAACAACGACACAAUGACUCUUCAUGUUUUAACUCUUCAGGUUUUAACUAUCCUCCAACAAUGGUUGAGGGGUUUCAGCAGCACUGUUUGUUCCCUCAGAUUAUUCCUCAAAACACUUCAACUCCUAUUACUUGGACUCGUUGAAAAUUAUGACCUAGUUAGUAGUUAAUAUCUUUGUUGUCUUUGUUCUCUUUAGAGUGAUAGAUUACACUAGACAAGACCAUAGAUUUUGGUUUUGUUGGAGACAAAAGUGUGGUUUUCUUCUUUAGGUGACUAGGAUAAGUUGGUUAAAUGUCUAUCUCGUGAUUAAGAUGGAUUGGGUGAUGGAAUUCCUUGUAUUCAGAUCCUUCAUGUUACAAUGAAAAAUCAAUGUUUUAUUUA